CAGUUCUCACGCGGCGGCUCGUGUCCCAUGGAAACGGCGAAUAAAACGGCGAUAAAAAGCGAUAAUCGGGACGAAGGCGUUUAUGAGCGACGACAACAAUCCGUCAGUGAAACGUGCACAUUAACUCGGGCUGUACCUCGGGACAGGAGCCACCACAUCUCCUCAGGUGCAGUAUCAUGAGCCCCGUUACUGCAGUCACUUCCUAGUCCCACUGUCCCGAAAGUUUUGGCACCAUGUUCUACGGCUCCUCUUCAGCCAGCAUGUCACUGCCCUCAAAGAGCCGUCUGAAGCGCCAGAGCCGCACCAUCACGCAAGUCCUGUACCGGACUUUGAGCUACCGGGACCGUCGCUCGGUUACCGACCUGCCCGAGCAAGUGCGGGACGAUCCAGCUGAGCUAUCCACACAGACCUCAGCUCCAGGUGUGCUCAAGAUCUUUGGUGAUGAAAUCAGCGCCGGGGCUAACUACAAGAGCGUUUUGGCUACUCCACGUUCCAGCGCACAGGAGCUCAUUAAGGAGGCACUGGAUCGCUACUCACUAAACAAAGGUUCAGCCAGUAGCUAUGUUCUGUGUGAUGUCAUUGGGCGGUUCGAGGGUGCUGAGCGACGGUGGAGGACUGAGUGCUUGCGGGCACUGGGCAGCAACGAGAAGCCUCUCCUUCUGCAGGAGCUGUGGAAACCAAAGGAAGGAUUCGCAAGGCGCUUCGAGCUCAGACGGAGGGCCGAAGUGGAGGAGCUGGCAGCUAAAGAGAAAGACACGGUAACUGCAGAUAUAAAUGCACAGGCACGCAAACUUCAGCGGCAUCGUGCUAAAGGAACGAUGACCCUGCAGCAUGGCGCGUCCCUGUAUCGCAGUCUCAGCGAGACCAGUCUCAACAUGGUGGGUGUGACGGGGGACGAACAGAAGCGCUACUCUACGCUGCCCGGGUCAGGACGUGCACGCUCAGACGGAUGCAAAGAAGGGGGCGGAGUCAAGCAUUCCCUCUACCAGUCGCCUCAUUUGCUGCUGCUUCAAGGGUAUAACCGACAAGACUGCCUGGUUUACCUGUUGAACAAGGAGCAGCACACGGUGGGUCAGGAGACAGCAAGCACGCGGCCAAACAUCUGUUUGUCAUCUCCAGACAUCCUCGCACUCCACUGCCGCAUACGCCGCAGACGCUCAUCUUCCUCAUCUUCUUCGUCCUCUUCUUCUUCCUCCUCAUUCUCAGACCAUCGGCUCUUCCUGGAACCGGUCGGCCAUGGAACCGUGCUGGUCAACUUCACACAUAUUGAGCGACCUACUCCGCUCCGUCAUGGAGACCUGCUGUCAUUUGGAGCCCAUUACAUCUUUCUGUAUAGAGACCCACUGAGCGCCAAGCCACUACCAGGCCACACCCUGAACCGCCUCCGCACCCUCGGGUCCAUAAAUGGGGAGGCGUGUCCGACGUGCGGUGCUGCUCCGCGGGAGCAGGCGGGAUUUCACCAAAGCUCAAAGAAUGCAAAGGGGUCAAAGAAGAGGAAGUUGGUGCUGGAGUUUAAGCGAGCUCAAGAGGAUGCACUGGUGAACCGGGUGCUCACGCUGAUCGAGCCAAGCGGCGACGAUCACAAGCUCACUCCUGCGUAUCUGCUCUGCCUGUGCAUCCAACACUCAGCUCUUUCAUUUCCACCCGGCAGUUUUGGGAAACUGCUCCUCAAAAUUGCUAAGAAGAUCCAGAGCUUUGCACGGGAGAAGACAAAGGAAUUGGCACAGAAGCAAGCUCAGCAUCAGGAUCCAGCCUCCCUGUCACUGCUUAGCAUCUCUGACCUUGUGCCGGAUCUUCAGGUCAUUUUCUUUUGGAUGGCGAACGCCAUCGAGAUCUUGUACUUCAUUCAGCAGAAAUCACCUGUGUACAUGCAGAAUAUUGAAAUGAUGGACAGCAAAGCUGGAUCUAAAGAGUCGCUCCUUUCUGCGACAAUCUCAGCCAGCGAAGAGGUGAUGACUAUUCUGGAGGAAGUUAUCAUGUACACAUUCCAGCAGUGUGUUUACUACAUCACAAAGUCAUUGUACGUGGUGUUGCCAGCCUUGCUGGACUGCAGCCCUUUUGGAGGUGAGUCGUCGUCAGAGGCGUGCCGGCGAACGACGGGUGCACGGACGUGCACGUGCAAUGUGUGUGUCAUGCCCGAGGCCGUUCGUCGGGCUCUGUGUGUUUUUCAGACCACAGCCGAUCUCAUGCAGCAAUAUCAGGUCCAUGCUGAGAUCCAGAGCCAGAUGUUCGCCUACCUGUUCUUCUUCACCAAUGCCUCUCUCUUCAAUCUACUCAUCGAUAAAGGUCCUGUGAGAGGCUGGUUCCAGCGUUCCCAAGCAUUACAGAUACAGGCGUGUUUGCGGAUGCUCCUAGACUGGGCUAAAGGAGCAGGACGAGCUCAGAUCGCUCAGAAGUUUUUCGCCAAACUAUGCAGCGUGGUCACCAUCCUCAUCACACCCGCCUCACAACUUUCACAGAUGAGUUGGAAAGUGUUGCGUGCGGAACAUCCGUCACUGAAACCCGUCCAGCUUCACAGAAUCCUUACACAGUACCAGCUGACUGGCGAGGUGGGUUCUGUCCCAAUCUGGCAACCGAGCAGUGAAGAUGAAGCCUACGUUUACAGAACAGUGGAUCUGCUGGAGAGCUUCGAUAACCACCCUCCCAUCGUGUUACCCAGCGCUGGGUUUAAGGUGGACCUGGAGAGCGAGUGUGUAGACGACAGCAUCUACAGACAGCUGUUGUAUAUCCGCCACUUUCUGUGGGGUCUCCGCACUAAGACCCACGGCAGCACAGACCGACAGGAAACACAGCGUGGAGAGGGAGAAGGAGAAGUGCACAUUACUUCCCUUGGAGGACGAGGAGAGGGCACAGGAUCUGAGGAAAGAACCAGAGAACGAGCACACACUCCUCAUUACAGAAACGGAACCAGCACGCGGCACGCUCCGGACCCAUCCUGCCUGUUUACUCCACCUAACACACCCCAGUUCCCCGAAUUCACACACACUCCGUACACCAAACACUUGCAGCAGGAUCACAUCUCGGCCAACGGGUGUACACGCUCCACUCCUGAGCACAAGAUCAACGGAUACGUCAGUAAUGGCCCUCUUAAUGGGUGUGGCUUUCCUUUCCCCAUCCCUCUGGCCCAGACCCUGAGCAAUAACUCUGAUCCUGUGUGUUCCGUCUUUGUAGUGGACUUGGAUAAAGGACCCUAUGGUCUCGGAAUGGGACUCAUCGAUGGACUCCACACUCCUCUGAAUUCACCAGGGAUCUACAUCCGCACCCUGAUCCCUGACGGACCGGCCGCUUCAGACGGGCGGCUGCACAUCGGAGACCGGAUCCUGGCUGUAAACGGGAAAAGCCUCAUCGGAGCCGAUUACCAGAGUGCCGUGGAUCUGAUCAGACUGGGCGGAGGACGUCUUCGCUUUCUCGUGGCUAAGUCAGAUCCUGAAGUGUCUGAGAAGAUCAGUGCCUCUUCCUGCUGAUAGAGAAAUGAUGAGGUUGGAGGUUGGCGUGUGCACUUCAGUGUGGUCCCCCUGGUGGUGAGGAUUAAAGAGCAUAAGCACAUGAAUAAGACCCUCAGCGACUCCUCUCCUUACCCUCACACUGCACUCAGGAGGGAGCCUUAGCACGGCGACGGGAUUUACACACAACUAGCGUCACGCCGUCCUCUCCUCCUCCUCUCCUCCUCUUCACCAGGAACGUUACGCAAUCCAUCACCAAAACAUUACGUUUAACAACAUUUAACAAAAGACACAAAAUAUCCUGUUUACAAACAUUUCGAUCAUAUCAAAUGAUCAAAUUGGACAAAUUUAAAAAAGAAAAUUGUUUUUAAACAUGAAGGGAGAGAAAAGUGAAGUAAAGACAGACUGCUAGACGAGUGUAAAAAGAACAAACAGCUUCAUUCCGUUUAAAGAUGUUUUAAAGCUGCCCAUUUAUUAUCAGAGCUUACACUGGGUGAACUUCUCUCUUCUUCUCUUCUCUCCUCUCUUCUCUUCUCCUCUCCUCUCCUCUCCUCUCUUCUCUUCUCCUCUCCUCUCGUUUUCUCUUCUCUUCUCUUCUCUUCUCUUCUCUUCUCCUCUCCUCUGCCAUUCUCAUCUCUUCUCUCCUUUUCUCCUCUCCUUUUCUCUUCUCUUCUCUUCUCUUCUCUUCUCUUCUCUUCUCUUCUCUCCUUUUCUCUUCUCCUCUCCUCUCCUUUUCUCUUCUCUUUUUCUCACAUAUUUCUCAUCAGUUUUCUCUUUGUUCUUUGUUGUUUUUGCCUCUCCUUUUUCAAAAAAAAAAAUCUCUUCUUUCUCUUCUUUUCUUUAAUUAUUUUGAUUUGUCUGCUUUUUCCUCUCUGUUUCUGUUUUGUUUUCUGAUUUUUAUUUUGUUUUGUCUGCUUAUGUUUCAUGUUAUUUUGUUACACAUCUUUUCUUCACUGUUUUUUGUCUCAACUUUCUAUUUUUCAUGUCUGUUUUCUCUUUUUACGAUGUUUAGUUAUUUAGUCCACAUUUUUUCUGACUUUGUUUUAUCUCCUUUUUCUCUCCUAUUUCUUUUCUGUUUAUUUGUUUUACCUUAUUUUGUGAUGAAGUUUGUCUGUUUGCUCCUCUCUGUGUUUUUGUUGUUUAAUCUGUUUUCUCUUCACUUCUCUUCUCUCUUCUCUUUUCUUUUCUUCUCUUCUCUACUUUUCUCUUGUCUCUUCUCUUCUCUUCUUUUCUCUUUAAAUCCUAUACACUUCUUUCUAUGAUAUGAUUUGUUUUCAUGUUAGUUUAAUAAUUUUCUUUACGUUUCAGUUUAAAGCCCAUUGUGUCCUCGGUGUCUCCGUGGCCUCAGGAUCCUGAUAAUUACCACCUGGAAUAGAAACAUUAAUAUAUUAUUGAUGGGUAAAAGUGUCCGACUGUGUGGAUUCCUGAUCAGCGCUUUAAAUUCACUCACAUGACACAAUCAUGAAAUGUACCAAGUGAUAAUAACAAAAAUCUGAACAAAAAAAUGCACUGGGGAAAUGUAUUGGGGAAAAUGCACAAGGUUUACAAUUAUGCAAAAAUAACUUUUAUUUCUUCCUCUUCAUCUUUGUAUAUCUGUACUGAUGUGUUGCAUAAAGGCAUUUUUGUUCUCAACUGAACUUGUAUUUAAAAGAUUUAUACAUAUGCAUUAAAAUGA